AUGAACAAGACCAAGGGAGCUUUUGAGAGCACAGAGCUUUGGAGCCCAGGUCACAUGCAGAGCACCUCCUUCACCAGUGUGGCAUCACCAUUUGCAUUUGGCCAGCAAAUGACAGACAAAGCCCUGAAUGUGAUCCUUAUUGUGGUCCUCUUUGUCAUCAUGGUCUCUCUGGGGUGUACGAUGGAGAUAGCCAAGAUCACAGCUCACCUCAGAAAACCCAAAGGCAUGGCGAUUACCGUAACGGCUCAAUAUGGCAUCAUGCCCUUGACAGCAUUCAUAUUGGGCAAGCUCUUCUAGCUGGGUGCUACAGAAUCCCCAGCCAUCCUCGUCUGCGGCUGCUACCCAGGGGCAAACCUCUCCAACAUCUUUAGUCUGGCACUGAGAGGGGACGUGAACCUCAGCAUUGUAAUGGCCACAUGCUCAAGGGUCCUGGCAAUCGGACUAAUGCCUCUGCUUCUGAACCUUUACUCGGGAGGACUACACAAGGGUGAUUUGGAGAGCAAGGUACCUUAUAAUGGCAUAAUCACCUCGCUGGUGCUAAUGCUAAUCCCUUAUGCCAUCAGCAUCAUCUUGAAUUAGGAGAAACCACAGUACACUGGCUUUACCAUCAAGGCAGGGAUGGUUGUGUUUCUGCUGUCAACUGCUGCCAUAAUCGUUCUGUCUGUGGCCAAUGUCGGAAGUGGUAUCAUAGUCGUCUCACCAUCGCUCCUGGGAUCAUCUGCCUUGAUGCAUUUUAUUGGAUUUCUUUUGAGUUAAGUCUAUAAUCUGUUUAACUUUUCCUCUUUCAGAUGCAGGCGGACAGUGCGCAUGGAAACCUGCCAGAACAUACAGCUUUGCUUGACUAUCCUCAAGGUCGCAUUCGCCUCAGAAGUCUUCGGCCCCCUGUACUUCUUCCCACUACUCUACUUGCUGUUCCAGCUUGGAGAGGGACUUUUGCUCAUCUCGGUCUUUCGGAUCCGUGACAGAAUAAAGAAACCAAACAGCAAGUGCAGCUUUGCUCUCGUAUUUCUUGCGCUUUCCACUCCAAACCAUAUACACUUGCAAUACAACUACCAACAAAUCGCUGCUUCCUAG